AUGAAGAAUGGCAACCAAUUCUUCAAGCACUCGUCAGGGCGUAAGGGCGAUCGCCACGACGACUACCGAUCCGCAGCGGAGCGAGAAGCGCGCCGUCGCGGCACGGGGUGCCGCCGGCGCUCUGGCCCUGAGCGUCGUGGCUCUCGUCGUGCAAUCGGCGGCCACUGCGACUCCCACCUGGGGAUACUUCACCAAUCCUGACGCUGGUACUGCCGCGGAGAAGGGUUACUUCGGACCAUGGAGACAAUGUAAACUCCUUCUUUAUGGACGUGAGUGGUGCGGCCAAAGCGUCUCCAGGUUCCAACCAGUGUUGGCUGUGUGGGUGGCGGGAUUAGCUGCCGCUGCCGCUUCUGCCCUUUUGGGGAUUCUGGUCGCUUUGGCUGUGCUUCAAUUAGCGAUGGCCUCUUCUGCGAAGCGAGUUGUAAUUUCGUACAGUACUGCUUUAAUAGGCAAAGUCGCCCUUGCUACAUUGGCAACGGCAUUAUCGAUUGUAGCAGCGAGCCUCUUCGCUCUGCAAACAGAUGAUCGAGCCAAUAGUUUUGCCAUCACAAGAGGAGAAGCUUUUUAUAUGCAGUUGGCUGCCAUCGCCUUGAACUUUGGUGUACUGGUCUCUGCCAUUUACGAGGGCAUUUACGCCCGAAGAGGUGGCGAUCCGACUAAGAUUAGGGUCGUAACGGAUCCUCGUGGAGCCACCAUAAAUAAUCCAGGAUAUCGGGAAUAUCAUCAACCCACGAACGGUGGUACGAUCUCGAUGACAGACGCCAGCGGCAAACCGUACGUCGGUGGGGCCGGAAAUGGAUCGACGGCUUCGGUAGCGACUUCCAGUAGCGUGACUAGCACAGCCUCGCCCCUUAGGAGUUCUCUGAAGAAGCCCAAACCUCUUGGCAUUCAUAAUCCUGGCUUCUCGGCACACAGCCCGACCUUGUCGAGGAACGGCUCGCAAAAGAAAGUGCGUAUACAGACGCAUUCGACGGAAGUUUAACUGACGCUCUUUUGGCACGUGUGCGUUGUCAGCAUGAGCGUUUGCUACGUGAUUGCAGUAUCGUCAUCGUUCAAGGCUGUUGCGACAGGAAAUUGAAUGGCGAUGACAAGACGUCUACUCGAAGUAGUUCCAUGUGCAUGUUCCAUUAACGGUAGGUGAUUUCCAAUAUCACUAACUAUGGUUGAUUCGGCGAUCGGAGACGAUGUCUUUGCGGUAUCAAACGAUUUUUACUGUUCCACCAUAGUCGAAUGCUAAAGUUCUCUGUCGGUGACGUCGUCUAUGAUUUCGAUAAUGGGACUUUUAAUAAGUUCCAAAGAUGCGAAUCAAGUCGUUCGUGAGUUUGGUAUAAUAUCGUUACAAUAUAAAGUGUAAAUAAGUUACGAUUGAUAAUCGUCGGAACUCUUCAAAGCUACCUGAGUUAAAUAUCAAAGAAAUUCAGAUCAAACGCGUGGUUUGAACACGUUUUACGCCAUGCUGAUUCCUAUGAACCGGCACUGAACUUUCCAUUUACGCCACGCCGGUGCAGCGGUGAUGUCCCAAAAAUUUUUUUUAAUAUUUGAUAGAGAGAUCUGCUUUAGAGAACAAAACUGUACCAUGCCUUUUGUGUGACUGAUGAUUCGUUAGUCGUCCCGGCAUCACUUUGCUUCUCCUUCUUUUAUUUACUUUAGUUCCCGCAUCGCGCGUAUCUUUCCAGUCGACGAUAUUAUGUGGCGUAAACGGAAAGUUGAACGAAAUAGGCUCGGCGCUUAACGUGUUAAUAGUGACUUGUUGAAUAUAUUAGGUCUUUUCCAAUUUUUCUACAAUAUCUUUACACGACGUAUACAUUUAUAAGUGGACUAAUAUAAUAGAAUAUAAACAAAAAUGAAAUAUGAUAAAAAUAUUGGCGGGAGAAUAGGAUGGAUUAAAAUAGAGAAACAUAUCAUAUAUGAUAGAAAAAAACGAGGAAAAUUGCAUUUGUUAUAAAUAUAAUAAAUCAUGAUGACG